AUGCCUACUUUCCAGCCUGCUACAAACCAAAAUGAAGUAGCUCCUCAGCCACCUUCUGCAAGUUCCAAGACAGUCACAAAUUUUGACUUUGGGAACUCAUUCUCUGCAAAUGCUUAUUCUGCACCCAAUGGCGCAAACUCCCAGUUUCUUCCUCAAGAAAUGUCAACUCAAAAUCGGGGAACUGCUUAUAGCCAAACAAUACAGCCAGGUAUCUAUGGUCAACAGGCACAAUCAAGUGCUAAUAUGUACAGCCAACCGACACAGCCAAGUGCUAAUCCAUAUGGCCAACCUGCACAGCCUGGUGCUAACGCAUAUGACCAAGUUGGACAACCUAGUUCUAAUGCAUAUAGCCAAUCUGUGCAGCCGAGUGUUAAUCCUUAUAGCCAACCGCCACAGCCAGGUGCUAAUCCCUACAGCCAACCUGCACGGUUUAACUCUGGGAACCUAUCACGGCAGGGUUCUCUUGUUCCAGUUUCUUCACAGGGUGCUCACCAGAUCACAAAUUCACCCGCUGUACAAAAUAAUAAUGAUUUCCUAAGUGGCUUAAUUUCAGAACCAGGGUCAAAGCCAGCACAGACGGUCACUCCCACAUCAAUGGGAGCACUUGCUAUAGUUCCACAACCCUCAAAGGAUAAAUUCGAGCUUAAGUCGGCGGUUUGGGCUGAUACAUUAGGCAGAGGAUUGGUGAAUUUGAACAUAUCUGGACCAAAAACAAAUCCGUUGGCUGAUAUUGGAGUCGACUUUGAUGCUCUAAAUCGUACUAUAUCUUUAUAAAUUUAAAAAAAUUAAAUCAAUUUUUUCUAAUUUU